AUGAGGGUUCAAAAGAAGACGGCAGCGGAAUUACUUGUUGCACGGUGUAGAUUAAGUCGUGUUCAAGAGAUUCUCAGAGGCCAAUCUGCUAGUCCACUAACUCGCAACUGUUUCAUGCAACCGAGCCUACCUAAUCGAGUAACCAUGCCACCAGACCUCAAUGCAAUGUGCCCAACAUUUCGUCCUGAAGCCCCACAUUGGAUUGCCUCACUCACUCGUUCACUCUUUCUCGCUAUCUGUCACCUGCCGGCCUCUUCCAACCUGGUCUUGUCCAUUCCGCAUAAGAACACAUCAACCAUUCCGGUUCUUCUAACUUACUCGGUUCUCGGCUAUCCGUCCCAAAUUCUCUCUGUGUUAUUUCCAUGCCUUCGGUCAUCUGGGCACCCGACACGAGGGCAUGUGCCGGUCGACAGGUUCCCUGCCACAGCCUCCCUCUCUGCCUUGGAAGGCAACGGGCCGCUGGAAGCUCAGUCACCUGUUUGCCCCAGAUCCAGUGAAUUGCGACGAGGGUUGGAGAGAAUGUCCUCUUUUAUGGUCAGACGCGCGUUUCCAAAUGCUUAUGGAAGCGGUCAGUGA